AAUUCAACUCCAAAACAUCCACGCUGCACGGUCAUACUAAGCUUUUUGUGCAUUUGGAACAGCUGAUUAGAGCCAAUUCGGUCUAGUAAUCAUCCUUCCAUUUGUAGUCCUUAUCCGCCGAAGCAUUCGUUAUGCUGAAGCGCAAAUUAAAUCAGCAAAAAGACAGUCUGGAGAAUGGGGAGCCCACGAAGUCUUUCCCCAGGCAGGAUACUACAUCCGAUUUCUUCGUUGAGCCGCUGUGGCUAAAAUUCUAUGAGACCGAAGUCAAGUUAAAUGAGGCGCUGGACAAAUUGGCUCCUCCUGCAAGCACUCCGUUCAUCUAUAACCCGAUAGUGUAUGCGUCCCAGCUGCACCGCGACUACUUGCGUCGUUAUAUGGACGGUCCCAAAAAGCUGGUAUUUGUUGGGAUGAAUCCGGGACCCAAUGGAAUGGGCCAAACCGGAGUAAGAGCAUAUUCCUGCAUAUUAUCCGAUCCAAACGAAUUGACACAUUGUCGCACGCUGCAGAUUCCAUUUGGCAAUGUGCGCACAGUAAAGGUCUCAAUGCAGCUGGCAGGACCUGUGGACCAACCUCCUGUCGUGCAUCCCAAACGUCCUGUCGCUGGCUUGGAUUGUCGGACUGAGGAGCCCAGUGGUGUGCGCUUGUGGGAACUAUUCCUCCGAUUGGCUGGCAGCAUGCAGAUCUUCUCCCGGCAAUGUUUCGUCCACAAUUUCUGUCCGCUAGCUUUUUUCGGCGCUGACGGCAAGAACAUAACACCCAGUGAACUUACUGGACCUUACAAAAGGCAGCUAGGCGACCUGUGUUUGGAAACCUUGGACGAACAAUUGGAGCUCCUUAAGCCCCACGUGAUUGUGGCUGUGGGAAAUGCUCCGACUGCCGCAUCCUAGUCCGCGGUCCACUAACAACACCAACUGGCCCGAAAAGGCUCAAGCGUUUUUGGAGGAGAACAACCUAAUCCGAUUCAUGCGGAAUGAGGCUUGAGGCUCAAAUGCAAUAUGCAACUUAACGAGAAAGUAUUUUAUGCUUGAAAAUUGGCUAAGAAAACAAAGUACAAACUUUUCAAAUUCCUUAAUAGAUGUAUGUAUGUAUAUAUGUAUUUUCUGUAAUUACUGCAUAUUUUAUAACUAAAGAGAAAAAUAAAUCCUCUAUUUUUAAUAUUAAA